AUGGACGCGUUUACAGAGAUAGCAAAAGAUGAGAGCACAAGAAAGCCAAACUGGCUUGAACUUCCAAUAGAAUUGACGAAGAACAUACUCUGGUGGAACGUUUGCAAGGAUAUUCAAAUGCGGCUUGCCAUUAACAUGAGUAAUAUCAGCCCUUUUCCAUUUGAUUUUCGCUGUUUGGAGAAGAUUUGUCGCUAUGCCAUUGAUCUAGGUUGCGAUCAAGUGGAAGAUAUUGAUAUCGAGUUAUUUGGGACCGAUGACUUCCUCAACUAUAUGGUUGGUAGGGCAAGUCACUUACGAAGGCUACAACUUUUUAACUGUAAUGAAGUUUCAGAAACAGUGUUGAUUGGUUCUGUGGAAAACUUUUCCUUAUUAGAGGAGCUUGACAUUUCAUUCAAUGAGUUUUCUGACAAUUCUCUUGAAGUUAUUGGUCGAUGCUGCCCUCUUUUGAAGUCGCUACAUUUUGAGAGGGUUUCAUAUAGUGGUUAUGAUGCAGCAUUUUCUGUUGGAAAAACAAUGCCCGGGCUACGCCAUCUUUCAUUUUCUGGAAUUCAUUUUCUUGACGAUAAUGGGUUGCUUGCCAUUCUUAAUGGUUGCCCUCUUCUUGAAUCUCUUGAUCUGCGAAAGUACAUUUUACCUCGUUUGAGUCAAAAUUGGGAAAAAGAUGCCAUGAGCGACUCAAGGAUUUACGACUUCCAAAGUUCUUUUUUGAAGAUGAUUUGGAUGUUGAUUAUGUCCAUAAGCUAA